CGCCGUCAUCUGUGACAGCCGGGUGCCCACUGCGCAUGCACGAGAAGCGCUGCACUUUGUCCUUAGUCUCUUGGUCAUCCCCUGUACUGUCUGCAGUCUCUGGUCAUCCCCUGUACUGUCUGCAGUCUCUGGUCAUCCCCUGUACUGUCUGCACUCUCUGGUCAUCCCCUGUACUGUCUGCAGCAGUCUCUGGUCAUCCCCUGUACUGUCUGCAGUCUCUGGUCAUCUCCUGUACUGUCUGCAGUCUCUGGUCAUCCCCUGUACUGUCUGCAGUCUCUGGUCAUCCCCUGUACUAUCUGCAGUCUCUGGUCAUCCCCUGAACCAUCUGCAGU